ACUCUCACAGACCUUGGGAGACAGGCGAGUCCUCGCUUACAGACAGCCCCUCAACCUGAAGCAAAUACUCACCAGCAACUACACACCACACAACAAAAACACUAAUCCAGGAACCUAUCCUUGCAACAAAGCCCGUUGCCAACUCUGUCCACACAUGUAUUCAAGGGACACCAUCAUAGGAACUAACCACAUCAGCUACACCAUCAGGGGCUCGUUCACCUGCACAUCUACCAAUGUGAUAUAUGCCAUCAUGUGCCAGCAAUGCCCCUCUGCCAUGUACGUUGGCCAAACCGGACAAAUGGAAUAAAUGGACACAAAUCAGAUGUCAAGAAUUAUAACAUUCAAAAACCAGUCGGAGAACACUUCAACCUCCCUGGACACUCAAUUACAGACCUAAAAGUGGCAAUUCUUCAACAAAAAAACUUCAAAACCAGACUCCAAUGAGAAACUGCAGAACUGGCAUUAAUUUGCAAACUGGACACCAUCAAAUUGGGCUUGAAUAAAGACUGGGAGUGGAUGGGUCAUUACACAAACUAAAAACUAUUUCCCCAUGCUAAUUUUUCUCCUACUGUUACUCACAUCUUCUUGUCAACUGUUUGAAAUGGGCCAUCCUGAUUAUCACUACAAAAGUUUUUUUUCUCCUGCUGAUAAUAGCCCACCUUAAUUGAUUAGUCUCGUUAGACUUAGUCCUGGUCUACACUAUGAGUUUAGGUCGGAUUUAGCAGCGUUAGAUCUGUUUAGCCCUGCACCCGUCCGCACUACGAAGCCAUUUUUUCUGACUUUUAGGGCUCUUAAAACCAGUUUCUGUACUCCUUCCCAAUGAGGAGAUUAGUGCUGAAAUUGAACUCGCUGGGUCAAAUUUGGGGUAGUGUGGAUGCAAUUCAAUGGUAUUGGCCUCCGGGAGCUAUCCCAGAGUGCUCAAUUGUGACCACUCUGGACAGCACUCUCAACUCAGAUGCACUGACUCGGUAGACAGGAAAAGCCCCGUGAACUUUUGAAUUUCAUUUCCUGUUUGGCUAGUGUGGUGAGCUCAUCAGCAGAGGUGACCAUGCAGAGCUCUUCAGCACAGGUGACAAUGGAGUCCCAGAAUCACAAAAGAGCUCCAGCAUGGACCGAAGGGAGGUACUUGAUCUGAUUGCUGUAUGGGGAAACGAAUCCAUGCUAUUAGAACUCCGUUCCAAAAGAUGAAAUGCCAAAAUAUUUGAAAAAAUCUCCAAGGCAUGAAGGACAGAGGCUAUCACAGGGACCUGCAGCAGUGCCGUGUGAAACUUAAGGAGCUUAGGCAAGCCUACCAAAAAAUCCAAGAGGCAAAUGCCCGCUUGGGGUCAGAGCCCCAGACAUGCCGCUUCUAUGAUGAGCUGCAUGCAAUUCUAGGGGGCACCCCUACCACUGCCCCACCCCUGUACGUGGACUCCUGCAAGGCGGGAGUCUCACGCAAUAGGGAUGAAGAUUUUGGGGAUGAGGAAGAUGAUGAGGAGGGGGAGGUUGAAGAUAGUGCACACCAGGCAAGCGGAGAAACCGUUCUCCCCGACAGCCAGGAACUGUUUAUCACCUUGGAGCCAAUACCCUGCCAACACUCCCAACCCGGGCUCCCGGACCUCGAAGGCAGAGAAGGCAGCUCUGCGGCAAAUGUUUCAAUGCUCCCCCUAUCAUCUCCGUCCCAGAGGCUAUCAAAGAUUAGAAGCCGAAAAAAACGCACUCACAAUGAAAUGUUCUCUGAACUCAUGCAGUCCUCCCAUGCUGAAAGAGCCCAGCACAAUGCAUGGAGGGAGACAAUGUCAGAGUCCAGGAAAACACAAAAUGAAGGUGAGGAGAGGAGGGACGAGCGAGAGGAGAGGAGGGACGAGUGACAGGAGAGGUGGCAGCAUGAUGAGAGGAGGCAGGAUGCAAUGCUGAGGCUACUGGAGAAUCAAACUGAUAUGCUCCAGCGUAUGGUUGAGCUACAGGAAAGGCAGCAGGAGCACAGACCGCCACUGCAGCCCCUGUGUAACCAAUCGCCCUCCUCCCCAAGUUCCAUAGCCUCCUCACUCAGAUGCCCAAGAAUGCGGUGGGGGGACCUCCUGGCACCCAACCACUCCACCCCAGAGGACUAUCCAAGCAACAGAAAGCUGGCAUUCAAUAAGUUUUGAAAAGCAGUGUGGCCUUGUCCUUCCAUCCUCCCCUCCUUCUCCAACCCACCCAGUGCUUCCCUCCUCCCCCACCCCUCCCGGGCUACG